AUGUUGGCAUAUGCACUCGGUCUUUCGAAGGACAGAGAGUUCUUGAGGAUGUAUGUAAAUCAACCGGGUGUUGCUGAGCCCACAGCUGUGGGCCUCAAUGCGCUACCGUUCGGAGCCAUAGGCUCCGUAAUAUGGACCGCAUUCUUUGACGAUUACAGCGUGGUUACCAAGACCUCCCUUCAGAAGAAUGUGGCCUUUGCCGUUCAGUCGUUGUUUGGAUUGCUGGGCCUAACUUAUGCGACCGAAGGAAAAAAGGCACCUGAGUUUUCGCCAACAUUCAACAUGUUGGGCCUGGUCGUUGACAUGACCGGCUUCAAGGAUAAAGUUAUUAAGAUCGGACACACCACGAAGCGUAUCCAGGAGCUUGUUGAGUCGCUUGACACCGUAGCUGCUGCAAACUUGUUGUGCCCCAAGGAGGCUGAGAGACUCCGUGGCCGCAUGAACUUUUUUGAAGGCUAUGCUUUCGGUCGUGGCCCUGCUCAAGCUGUCAAACUCCUGGACCGACAGGCUCGCGCCGGGUUGCUUCGUACUUCCUUGACUCAAGAGGCUGCCAGGGCCAUCAAAGUCUUGAAAGAGCGAUUAGUGUCCGCCAUUCCACUUGAAAUCAAUCUCAAGUCUUGUGAUUCGUGGUUCUUGUUUACCGAUGGAGCCUUCGAAAAUGGAGUUGGUAGUGUGGGAGCUGUGUACUUCGGCCCAAAUGGCAAUGCUUUGGGUUCGUUCGGUUCCAAGGUCCCCAACUCCUUCAUGCGACAGGUUCUAUCCUAUUCGAGUAAUCCCAUUUACGAGCUUGAGCUUCUGCCAGUCCUCCUUGCCAUGAGGGCUUGGGGAAGUGUCUUCAAAAGCGGCCAGCUUGUAUGUUAUGUUGACAAUGAGGCUGCCAAGGCAGCUCUCAUCAAAUCUUGUGCUGCGACUUCAGUUGGUGAGAGGAUUGUCAAUGCCAUCAGGUUGGCAGAAGACGAUUUGCAACUCAGGUGCUGGUACUCAAGGGUGCCCUCAAAGAGCAACCCCGCGGAUGCUCCCAGCAGACUGUGCUUUGACAAUGUGCCCAACUCCACGAUAGUCGACUCGUCUUUGCUUCAGUGGGAUGUGCCGUCCAGCUCGUUCUAA